GGAGGGACAGAGAGAGAAACCCCAGUGUUGUAAGGGUAACUGAGGUUUUUAUUCUUGAGUGGGAGAGGAUUGGGCUUUCAUUGGGGGAGGAGGGUGGGGGGGGAUACUAGCCUUACGUCAGCCCGGACCAAAGGGGAGGGAAGGAAGUGUGGGAACCCCACAUGGGGCUCUUUCCCUCAGGUCGGAAGGAGUGGAACUCUGUUUGUCCCUGAGUUUAAGGUGGGUAGGAAAUCUGUUGGAGAGUGUCCCGCCGAUUGAGGAGAGGGAGGGAGAGAGAGAGAGAGAGAGUUGCCCAUCUCCCAUCUCCCUUGCUGGAGGACAGCCCCGCUAUGUGCAAUGAUAGCUACUGGAACUCUACGACAGUGUGCCCCGGCGCCGGACCGGCUGUCAGCGCCAUCAUGUUCGUCACCGGCGUCCUGGGCAAUGUGUUGGCGCUGGUGGUGCUGGCUCUGCACAAGAGGGGCAGCCGCAGCCGGGUGUCCCUGUUCCACAUCCUGGUGAGCAGCCUGAUCGUCACCGACCUGAUGGGGAACCUGCUCAUCAGCCCCGUGGUGCUGGCCGCCUAUGCCAGCGGCUUCUCGCUCAUGCACCUCCGGCUCUGCGACUACUGCGCCUUCGCCAUGGCUUUCUUCGGGCUCAGCUCCAUGUUGAUCCUGUUCGCCAUGGCCCUGGAGCGCUACCUGUCCAUUGGCUGCCCUUACUUCUACUCGCGGCACGCCAACCGGCGCACCGGCCUGGUCACCAUCCCGCUCAUCUACGGCUUCUGCAUCGUGUUCUGCUCGCUGCCGCUCUUCCACACCGGCCCGUACGCCCAGUACUACCCGGGGACCUGGUGCUUCAUCAUGAUGCACACCAAAUGCCAGCCGGCCAAGGUGCGCCUCUACUCCCUGUCCUACGCCAUCCUCAUGAAGGUGCUGAUCAUUUCCAUCUUACUGUGCAACGUCUCGGUUAUUAUCAACCUCUGCCGCAUGUACCAGAGGCAGAGGUCACGGAGAUGCUCCAGGCAGUCCAGCGCCAGGAGAGAUCACAGUGCUCAAGCCGAGGAAGUGGACCACCUCAUUCUUUUAGCCAUCAUGACGAUUACUUUCGUGAUCUGCUCUGUGCCCCUCACGGUUCGUACAUACAUUGGGGCAAUUUCUCAGCAGAGGAACAAUGAAGCUGACCUUACAGCACUCCGAUGCUUGUCAUUUAAUUCAAUAAUUGAUCCCUGGGUUUUUAUUAUUCUCAAUACAUCUAUCGUUAAAAAGACGUUGUCCAAGAUAUUGUACUGUAAAGUCACAUCUAAAGGACACAAAGCGCAGACUACAGUUUUCAUAAGGAAUGAAACAUUUGAGUAAGAGUCAUUUUGGAAUAGACAGUUCUGAUGCUUUACCCAUAUUGAAGGUGAUGUUUUCAGAAUCAAGUGGUCAUCAAUCAACCUGUUCGAAAGAAAGAUGAACAAUCAGCAUGUGACAACCUGUACUGAAGAUUUGGUCCUUACAGCCAUACAGUCACUGACUGCCAAACUUCAUAGGUCUGAAAUAAAAGCAGAAAGCGCUGGAGAAAAUCAGGUCUGGCAUCAACUGUGCAGAAAGAAAUAUAGUUAAUGUUUCAAGUCCAAUAUGACCUGAUGCCAUAUUUAUGCCUUGUUGAUUUUUUUUAUCUAUUUGGGAAAAGUUCAUACUUUUAAUUUCAGAAUAGAAUAGUAGAUAACUUUAAAUUAUUUUUCUACAUGAACACGUAGAAUUUUUCAGUCUUUUAAAAAUAUAUUUAAUGUUCCUGGUACCAUUCAGGGUAUUUGAUGUAUCCUUGCUAUCUAAUUUGUUCCCACAGUUAAAUGUGUAUUUUGCUAGGUCUAUUGUAUAAGGAUACUCAAGCUAAAAUCUGCAACAUGUGCCAAACUUUAUGAACAAAGUAAAUAUAGUUAUUUAUUCUGUAUUUUUAAAGUAAGACUAACUACUUAAGACUGACUAUUACCAAGCUGACGUUUGAGUCUGGAGAACAGAAUGGGAUGCACUGUCAUUCAUAGUUGACGAAUCGAUGUCUGUCUCACUGUGCAGAAAUAGAUUCACAAAAACAUGCACUUGGAUUCAUCAGUUUAGUGUUCUAGAAUGCAGCCAUUAGAGUCAUAGAGAUGUACAGCAUGGAACAGACCCUUUGGUCCAACUCGUUCAUGCCGACCAGAUAUCCUAA